CGGAUAAAUUAUCACCACAAAAUAAAGAAUCAGAAAAAGAAAAAGAAAAAUCACUAAAUGAAGUAGUCGAUUUUUCUACAGUGGAUAAAUUAUCACUACAAAAUAAAGAAUCAGAAAAAGAAAAAGAAAAAUCGCAAAAUGAAGUAGUCGAUUUUUCUACAGUGGAUAAAUUAUCACCACAAAAUAAAGAAUCAGAAAAUGAAAAUGAAAAAUCUUUAAAUGAAAUGAUCGAUUUUUCUACAGUGGAUGAAUUACCACCACAAAAUAAAGAAUCAGAUGGUCCUUCUUCUUCAAUUAAUGAAAAGAAAAUAAACGACGACGGCGACAAUGAUAAAAAGAACAAAAAAACCAAAAAGGAAAAAAAGGAAAAAGUUGAAACUGUACCUUUAGUUAAACUGUUUAGAUUUGCUAGCCCAUCAGAUAUAUUAUUUAUGCUCGUUGGUUCUAUAGGUGCUCUUGGUACCGGUAUAGCAAUUCCAUUAAUGACCAUAAUAUUUUCUGGUUUUAUACAAGUCUUUUUUGAUUACAACCUGGCAAUCAACACUGGACAACCACAUGAAGAAGCUGCGAGUAAAUUAGAAGACGGUGUUAAAAAUUAUGCAUUUUAUUUCAUAGCUCUUGGUUGUGCCAUUUUUAGAAUUCGUACAUUAUUUUAUUCAUCAAUCAUUCAUCAAGAUAUCGAAUUUUUUGAUGAUACAUCAACUGGUGAUUUAACUACACGUGUUACAGGUGAUAUUGGUAUAAUACAAGAAGGCAUGUCUGAAAAAUUAGGAUUCGUAAUUCAACAAUUCACUUGUUUCAUUGGAGGUUUUAUUGUUGCUUUUGUUAAAGUAUGGAAAUUAACACUUGUGCUUUGUUCUGUAUUUCCACUUCUUGCAAUUUCUGGUGUUAUCAUGUCAAAAUCUUUAUCUAGUGAUUCAUCAGAAGGUCAAGGCGCAUAUGCUGAAGCAGGUGGUGUUGCAGAACAAGUAUUAUCCGGGAUUAGAACAGUGGUGGCAUUUGGUGGUGAACAGCGUGAAAUACAACGUUACAUCUCAAAACUUGAAAUAGCAUAUAAAUUUGGUAAAAGAAAAUCAAUUGUGAAUGGUUUAGGAGUUGGUUUCAUGUUACUUGUAAUGUUUGGUAGUUAUAGCUUAGCUUUUUGGUAUGGUAGUAUUUUGAUCCUUAAUGGUGAAGAAAAUGGUGGUGAUAUUUUAAAUGCAUUUUUUGCUGUUAUUAUUGGUGCUCCAUAUCUCGCAUCAGUUAGCAAUGCACUUGGUGCUGCUGCAAAAGUCUACAAGAUAAUAGAUAGAGUACCAAAGAUCGAUUCAUCUGCCGACAAAGGCAAAAAAUUUGCCAAAUCUGAGCUUAAAGGUUUCAUCGAAUUUAAAAAUAUCAGUUUUUCUUAUCCAUCAAGACCAGAUAUACAAGUCUUAAAAGAUUUUAAUUUGACAAUUGAACCUGGUCAAACUGUUGCUUUGGUUGGUUCAUCUGGCUCAGGAAAAUCAACUAUAGUCGGUCUAAUUGAAAGAUUUUAUGACCCGUUGGAGGGUGAAAUUUUAUUUGACGGCAUCAAAAUCAAAGACAUAAAUAUCAAAUCGUUAAGAACUCAAAUUGGUAUGGUUGGUCAGGAACCCGUUUUAUUUCCAGAAACUAUCAAACAAAAUAUCAUUUGGGGUGCUGAUCCUGAUGAUGCUAAAGAACCCAGCCUAGAUGAAAUAAUUGAAGUUUGUAAGAGAUCAAAUGCUCAUGAUUUCAUUGAUGAAUUGCCCAAUAAAUAUGAUACUUUGGUCGGUGAAAAAGGAUCUUUGAUCUCAGGUGGUCAAAAACAAAGACUUGCAAUUGCAAGAGCUUUAAUCAAAAACCCUCCUAUUCUUUUACUUGAUGAAGCCACUUCUGCUCUUGACACUGAAUCUGAAGGACUCGUACAAGAAGCGCUUGAUAAAGCCUCAACAAACCGUACUACAAUUGUUAUAGCUCAUCGUUUAUCAACAAUCAAAAAUGCUGAUAAAAUCGUUGUAAUGUCAAAAGGUGAAAUUAAAGAAAUUGGUAAGCAUGACGAAUUGAUUGAAAGAGAAGAAGAUGAGACUUCUGUUAUAAUUGACGACAACUCGAAUAAAUUAAAUCUGAAACGUCUUACGACCAAAGCAUCUACCACUAAAUCAGUUAAACUUACUGACGAAGAAAUCGAAAAAGAUAGAUUGGAAAAGUUAAAACAAAAAACACCUUUAGGCAGAGUAUUUAAUUUAAAUAAAUCAGAAUGGUACUUAAUAGUUCCCGGUUCUAUUGGUGCUAUAUUUACUGGAUCAGUCAUGCCUGUAUUUGCCUUGGUGUUUUCUUCAAUCUUGGAAGUAUUUUCUAGAACUGAUGAUCCUGAUGGACUUAGAAGUAAAGCAAAUUUUUGGGCAUCAAUGUUUGCAGUCCUUGCAUUAGUAGCGGGAUUAGCAAACUUUUGUCAAAUAGCAUUAUUUUCAUUAUCAGCUGAAAAAUUGACAAAACGUCUACGUAUCAUGACAUUCACAUCACUUGUCAAACAAGAAGUUGCCUUUUUCGAUGAUGAAAAAAAUGGAACAGGUGUUUUAACUUCUAAGUUAGCUGUUGACGCUUCAAAAGUUGAAGGUUUAACUGGUAGUUUGAUGGGCAGUAUAAUACAAAACGUCACUAAUUUGGUUCUUGGUUUAGGAAUUGCAUUUUAUUUCGGUUGGAAGCUUACAUUAGUAAUUUUAGCCGCCUCGCCAAUCAUCGCAAUUGCUGGUUACUUGGAAUUUAAAGCUCUUGCGGGUUUUGGUACAAAGACACGUGAAGCAUAUGAAUCAACAGGACAAAUUGUACAACAAAGUGUAUCUAACAUGAGGACAAUAGCAUCUUUGUCAAGAGAAGAGACAUUUAAAAAUAGGUUUAUUGAUGCGCUUAGAGAACCACAUAAAAUUGCUAUUAGAGGUUCAACACUUGUUGGCUUUGGCUUUGGUGCGUCACAGGGUUUCGUAUAUUUCAUUUGGUCAUUAGCUUUUUGGUAUGGUUCAAGGUUGAUCAUUAGCGGAGAAUAUACUACAGAAACAAUGUUUAGAGUUUUAUUCGUUGUUAUUUUUUCUGCUGUUGCUGUUGGUCAAAUGAGUUCUUUUGCACCAAAUAUUGCAAAUGCUAAAGUAGCAGCCAUCUCGAUAUUCGAAAUAAUUGAUCGUAAAUCAAAAAUUGAUGCAACUGAUAGCGAGGGUAAAGAUCGCCCAACUCCUGUUACAGGAGAAUCAACAAUUAAAGAUGUGCAUUUUAAUUACCCAGCGAGACCAGACAUAAAAAUAUUGAAAGGUUUAGAUAUGUCAAUUGACGCAGGGAAAACAAUAGCUUUAGUAGGAUCGUCUGGAAGCGGUAAAUCAACAGUUAUAUCAUUAUUGUUGAGAUUUUAUGAUGUCAAUUCAGGAUCUGUUGAAGUUGAAAAGGUUGACGUCAAAACUUGGAAUUUAGAAUACUUGAGAUCAAAUUUAGCCCUAGUUGGACAAGAGCCCAUAUUAUUUGAUUUAACUAUUGGAGAAAAUAUUGCAUAUGGCAAAGAAGGUGCAUCGCAAGAUGAGAUUGAAAAUGCAGCAAAAGGUGCUAACAUACACGAUUUCAUUAUGAGUUUGACAGAUAAAUAUGACACAAAAACUGGAGAAAAAGGAACACAAUUAAGCGGUGGGCAAAAACAAAGAGUUGCAAUCGCAAGAGCAUUGAUCCGAUCACCAAAAUUAUUGUUACUUGACGAAGCAACAUCAGCUUUAGAUUCGGAAAGUGAAAAGGUUGUUCAAGUUGCAUUAGAUAAAGCAAGUAAAGGUCGUACGACCUUAACUAUUGCGCACAGAUUAUCAACAAUACAAAAUGCUGAUUUAAUAUUAGUAUGUAAGAAAGGUAAAAUUGUGGAAAGUGGCAAACAUUCAGAAUUGAUUUCUCAGAAAG